AUGUCCGCCGCGGGAGCUUCGAGCUCACCCGCACCGCCGGAAGAGCCUUUAAACGCCGCCAAAGACACUCCCGGCAGCUCCAGCCAAAGCCAUGAAGACAGUACCAGCUCGGAAACCUCUAGCAAAUUGUCAGGAUGGCUGCAAAGGACGCAUCAGAUGUGGCUGCAGGGAAAAGGCAUGUUGCUCGUCCUUCUCGCGCAGUUCUUCGGUGCCACGAUGAAUGUUGUGGCAAGACUGCUCGAGCAAGACGGACCUCACGGCAAAGGCAUGACGCCGUUCCACAUCCUCCUUGCACGCAUGCCCGCAACCGCCCUGUUCAGCUUCAUCUACAUGUGGUAUAUGAAAGUACCCGAACCCUUCGGCGCCAGAGCCGUACGGCCGCUCCUGAUACUGCGAGGAAUCAGCGGCUUCAUAGGCGUGCUCAGCCUGUACUACUCUCUCAUAUACCUGCCGCUAUCAGAGGCUACCGUCCUAACCUUCCUCUGCCCCAUUGCCUCCUGCUACGUCGCCUCGUUCAUCAUGCCAAACGAGAAAUUCACAAGAAGCCAGCAACUCGCGGGCGUCAUCUCGAUCCUAGGAGUCAUCCUCAUUGCCCGGCCGGCGGCUCUUUUCCCCAAAGACCCUCACGCAAAGGAGACCACGGAUCUUCAUGCCUCAACCCUUCUAUUCGACAAUACUGUCAAAGAUCCCAGUACCAAACAGCAUCUGAUUGCUGUUGGAGCCGGCCUGGUGGGAGUCAUGGGAGCUACAUCGGCAUAUACCAUAAUACGCAAAAUUGGUCCGCGUGCCCACCCGCUCGUCAGCGUCAACUACUUCGCCCUCUUGACCUCGGUGAUGUGUCUCCUGGCCGUUCUAGUUAUCCCAGGUGCCGAGCUGAGAAUGCCAGCAAACAUCAACGAGCUGCUUUUGCUCCUUGCCUUGGGUCUCUGUGGCUUUCUCUUCCAGUACCUGGUUACCGCGGGUCUUUCGUACGUACCGCCAAAGAUUGACGGGAAACCAUCUACACAUGGAUCUAGUGCUACGUCCAUGCUUUACCUGCAGAUUGUCUUUGCUCUCUUUUAUGACAAGGUGGUAUGGAACACUACCCCGUCGUCUACUAGUUUGCUAGGCUCUACCGUCAUUCUGCUGAGUGCAUUGUAUGUGGCUCUUGCGGCGGGAAAAAGUAAAAAGAAGGACACGAGCAGCCAGACGAAGCCGGCAGAAACGCAGAAUACCAAUGGGAACCAUGAUAUUGAGGACCACCAGGCUUUGCCUAAACCAUGGAAAGCUCGGGAUCGUGCUUCGGCCAGUGAAGGUGAAACAGAAGCCUUGCUGGGUCAACACAGAAAUGAUUGA